AUGUUAUAUGGCAUGGCGCUUUUUGGUAAAUAUGAUAAUGAAGCUGUCGAGUACCAAAAAGAUGUUCAACAGACAGGAGAAUUGACCAUGAGACAUGUGAGCGAGUGA